AUGCCUUUCUUUAUUCAGCAAAACGCUGUUGGCUACCGAAACAUUCCGGAGGCUUUGAAAAUCAUCUACUCACAACGAGGUCUUGCUGGUUUCACUUGUGGAAUGCAAGCGCGAGUCAUUUUCCAGGUGCCCGCGACCGCAUUAUCAUGGUCUGUGUACGAAUUAUUCAAAUACGUUCUUGGUUACUCUACGACGACAUCAACCUAA